AUGAAAAAUAGUCCAAUCAAAGUUCUGGUAACUUCAGUCAGUGGUUAUGGGCACUUUAAUGCUGCUCUUGGUGUUGCAAGCUUGCUAGCAGAACGUGGUAAUGAUGUUUAUUUUGCCAAUGUAUUGAAGCAUAAAGAAGAAGUUGAAAAAUACGGUUUGAAAUUCAUUGCUCUUGAAGAUUAUAACGAUGCAUAUAAUAAAGAAAUGAAAACGACUAACGAUAGUAAAUGGACGGAAAUCAUAGUGCAAAGCAUGCAACUGAAUUCAACUUCGCCAUCCGAAGACAAAAGCUUGAUUGCCGCUAUGUUGAUGCUCUUUGAACAGCUAAAGCUUAUGCAGUCAAGUUUGGAAAAAAUCAUAGACUCCAUCAAACCAGAUAUUCUGAUUGGUGAUAUUCUUUUUCCUCUUCCACUCUUCUAUCAAUCCUCAAUUCCAAGCAUAUUUUUGUUCUCAGCCAAUCCAUUAGGAAUUUACUCGGAGACAACAGGAUUUCCAGCUUCACUAGGUUUAUCUAUCCAUAGUGAUAAAAGUUUGUGGUCAGUUCAAAAAAAAUUAUCAUCAAGUAUGCACGACGCGGGCAUGCAAUACUUUCAGUGGUAUUCCUCAUUUGGAACAAAAACAUAUUCUUUUUAUGAUUCGAACAAAUUUCUUGGUAUUUAUAUCUACCCGAAGGCAUUAGACUAUGCUGAGUUAGGAUCACCGCCAUCAAAUUGGAUCCGAAUGGACUCUUCUAUUCGUGAACGAGAUGCAAAGGAAUUUAUUGUUCCACCAUUUAGUACCCACCAGUCUGGGAAAUUGAUUUACUUGUCAAUGGGAACCACAGGAUCUCUGAACAUACCUUUCAUGAACCGUUUAAUAAACACUUUUUCCAAGAGCAAACAUCGCUUCAUCGUCUCGAAAGGCUUUAAAGGUGAUGAGUUGGCUUUACCUGAAAACAUGUGGGGCGAUAAUUAUGUCGAUCAAAUCGCUAUCUUACCCAAAGUUGACGCGGUUAUAACUCAUGGUGGAAAUAAUUCAUUUGUUGAGUCGCUCUUCUUUGGUAAACCAAUGAUUGUAAUUCCGUGUUGCUUUGAUCAACUGGAUAAUGCACAAAGGAUUGAAGACUUGAAACUUGGAUACAGAAUCGAUCCAUUUGGAUAUGAUGAAGAUGAAAUUCAUAAAACUGUUGACGAUUUACUUGAAAAUACCGAGAUUCGCUUAAAAAUGGAAGAAAUUUCAAAACAAUUGAAGACUUCAAAUAACCGAGAAGAAGUGGCAAGAUUGAUUGAAAACAUUGCCAGAACUAAAAAGUAUCCAUGA